UACUAACAGAAUUUGUGGUGACAUUAUUAAUUUUGCGGGUAGCUGAAAAUGAAAAAUUAAAACAAACUUUGGAAGAACAUGGAGUCAGAUUUACGAAUCUAGAACAGAAGGAUAAAGAAAAAACCGACCUUAUCGCUAAACUUGAGCAGAGUGAUAAAGAAAAAAUGGAUCUUAUAGCCAAACUGGAAUAUAACGUUUCACUAAUCAAAGGAGAGUAUUUGCAAGACAAAAGUAAAGUGUGCCAUCAAACCGUUACUAAUGUUUCGCAACAGGUAGAACCUGAAAUCUCUGAUGAUGAGGGUUCCUUCAAUAACAACGAAGAUGAUGGAGGGUUCUGUGGUUUUUCUGAUGAUGAUGAAGAAG